UUCUUUUUUGUUAUCCAGUUUUAUAUUAAUAGCUUUGGAAUGAGAACAAAGACUUCAGCUAGUAAGAGUACAGUUGUUGCACCUACUGAUGGGAUUGGUCAGGAUGAUGAUUUAGGGAGUAGUGAACACAGAAAGAACAUCACUUGGACUGAACAAAUGGAUGAAACAAUGAUACGGUACCUCCAAGUCCAAGUAUGGGAAGGGAGAAAAGUAGGAAAUGCUUUUAAAGAGUCAGCUUAUAUUCUUGCUGCCAAGGAGGUGAAUUUAAAGCAUCCACAACACCAUAAAGAAGUAACAAAAGAGAAUGUGAUCAAUCGCUUUAGGACAAUUAAGCAAACCUUCAGAAAUCUACUUCUUUGCCUAGAGCAAAGUGGGUUUGGUUUUGACCAUGCGAAGAAGAAAUUGAAGAUAGAAAACCAAAUAUGGUAUCCUUUUGCUGCCAAGAAAGGAAGAGAAUUUAUGAAGUUGAGAAACAUGUCUUGGCCUCUAUUCGAAGAACUUAAAGAAGUUGUGGGUGAAGAUCAUGCCACAGGAGAGUUUUCUCAUUCGAAUAGAGAUCUUUCACGCCGAACAAAAGAUAAGGGAACGACUUCUGAAGAUUAUGGGUCAUACAUCCAUCAAAUGGACCACAUGGAGAUUGGUGACCCUAGUGGCAAUGAAGGGCUAGACACCCAAGUCCCAAUGUCCACAACGCAAGCUGGAGAGGGGAGUAGAGCUGGUGCAUCACAUGACGUGCCUCGAGAGAGAAAGAGAGCAAAGGUAGCAUUGGGUGAUCAAAUAUCUGUUGUCACUGCCUCCAUAGACCGUUUGGCGACUGUGGUCCAAGAGAGGCAUAGUUUAUUUACCUCUAAAUUAUUGUUGGAUGCAAUACAAGAAGUGGAUGAUUUUAGUGAAGAUAUUCUUGACCGCAUCUUUGAGUUCCUCAUGACAAAUGAACCUCAAGCAAAGAUGUUUUUAGUUAGGAGUGUGGAGCAACGGAAGAGGUGGAUCUUGAGGUUUCUUGAUCAAGGCCAUUGAUGCGGU